AAGAAAGCUAUAAACCUUUCUUCAUAUACUUCUCCUUCUUUUCAAUUUUUAACAUGGUAUCAGAGCAAUAAGCUUCUGGUUGUUCUUUUAUUACUGCUUGGUUACUGAGUUGGGUUCUCAGAUCUAUUCCGAAUCUGAAACUUUGUAGUUGGGUUCUCUUCUUCUACAGUUUCGAUCUUGGCAUCUAUUUCUUCAUAUUUUUAGAGAUUUUUUUCAGUAUUAUGAGUUCUACUAAUUCUAUGGCGAGUUUUGAGAGAACUAUAACUCAUCCUGCUGUUGCAAUGGUUGCCAAAGAGGACCCACAGACAGGACAACUUCUUGGAACUGGUCGCAAGGUGUCAUCUUUUGAUCAAUCUCCACUUUUUACUAACCUUUCUAUUGAGCUUUUUCCCAGUGACUCUGUUGCAGAUACAUUUGAUGAGCUCUAUGAUGCCUUUCCACAUGGUCCACCUAAUUCUAUAAAAGAUGUUCUGCCUAUUGGUAAUACAUUAGAUAAUGCUGAGUCUUCUUCCCUUACCCCUUCUCUAACACCUCUUGGAUCUAACCCCGUUGAUAUUGAGCCUAAAAAUGAGAUCCUUAAUCCACCUUCAAGUCAUCCUACUCGGCAAGCUAUGCAAGAUGAAUUACAAGCUGUUGACAAAACUUGUACAUGUGAUUUAGUUGAUCUUCUUGCUGAAAAGCCUCUAGUAGGUUGUAAAUGGGUGUACAAGAUUAAAACUCAGUUUGAUGGUUCCGUGGAGCAUUAUAAGGCUCGUUUGGAUGCUAAAGGAUUUACUCAAGAAUAUGGGAUUGAUUAUGAGGAGACCUUUGCACCUGUUGCUCAUCAUACUUCAGUUCAUAAGGAAGUUUACAUGAAACCACCUCCUGGACUUGAGCAUCCUCCAAACAAAGUUUGUCGAUUGAAGCGAGCUUUGUAUGGUUUGAAACAAGCAUCUCGAGCCUGGUUUGCUAAGUUUAGUACCACCAUCAGUGAAUUUGGUUUUACUUCUAGUCCUUAUGAUAUUGCACUAUUCAUACGCAAGACUAAUCAUGAUCUUGGUGUUUUGAGCUAUUUCUUGGGACUUGAGGUCACCUUUUCUGAUGAUGGUUAUUUUCUCUCCCAAACAAAAUAUGCUUCUGAUCUUAUCUCUAAAGCUGGACUCACUAACAGUAAGAUUGCAUCUACUCCUCUUGAGCCAAAUGUUCAACUAACAUCCAUGGAUGGUUCUCCAUUAGCUGAUCCUACUUGCUAUAGACAGUUGGUUGGAAGUUUAAUUUAUCUCACUACAACACGACUAGACAUAGCUUUUGCAAUUCAUGUUGUUAGCCAGUUUAUGGCUAUGCCUCGCUCCACUCACUAUGUAGCAAUACUUCGCAUUAUUCGGUAUAUUAAAUGUACCAUGUUUCAUGGCCUUCACUUUUUUGCUCAUUCAUCUCUUGAACUUCAUGCUUACUUUGACGCUGAUUGGGCUGGAGACUCUAAUGAUCGUAAAUCCACCACUAGAUAUUGCCUUUUUCUUGGUGAUCCUUUAAUCUCUUGGCAUAGCAAGAAGCAAACAGUUCCAUCACAUUCUAGUACAAAGGCUGAAUAUUGAGCACUUGGAGACACCACAUCAAAGUUACUUAAUUUACAUUGGUUACUAAAAGAUAUGGGUGUUUCUUAACCACCUACUACUAAUCUUUAUUGUGACAAUCAGAAUGCCAUGUAUAUUGCUCAUAAUGAUGUUUUCCAUGAAUGCACUAAACACAUUGAGGUUGA